AGAAUCUGACGGGGAAACAGACUUCGACACCACACCUGCUAGUUAAGUCUUGCCUUAAGAACAGAUGGUGCAACCAAAUUAAGCACUGACUUAGUUACAGACAAACUAGUAGUUACUAAGCCCUUAGUGUGAACUUUAUGUCUCAACUUAAAUGACACCUUACGCACAGCUGGUGCAACCCUACCCAAGUGAACAGAAACAGGGGCGACAUCGAGUAAGUGUCGUUGAGGGCGGUGCUUAUAUGUUACUGACAACGAGGGGUGGGGCUUGUGCUACACUGAUUGAUUGAAUCAAACAGCUGAGAAGGCGCGUCAACAGCUAGGGGGAAUGUUGUGCUGCAGAUGCUUGAAAGAAGAAAUGCAGAGAACCCUGCAAAAAACAUUAAAACAUACACCCAUGAAGACGAACCUUCUGCGGCGAACGUACCCAACUGAAGAAAGCGGACAAUAGCCGUGUGUGUGUGUGUGUGAGUGAGUGAGUGAGUGAGUGAGUGAGUGUGCGUGCGUGCGUGCGUGCGUGCGCGAUAAAGAAUGAGGACGUUUGUCAAAUGUCAUAUCGCGGUGGAAACUGAUGAACGGCGCGCUGCAGCAUAACUGAAGCUGAAGCGCGAGUGAGGAUUCCGGUUUUAUAAGGUUUUUUUUUUUUUUUUUUUUUUUUUUAAUUAUUAUUCUCAACGCAUUUUGUUUAUGAAUAGAUGACAUCAUUUAUUAAUCAGAUGAAGGGAAUAUUCAGCAAACGCUAUAUUGAGCUGAAUAAUUAGAAAAACAAGUAACCAUCUUAAAGAAGGAUUGUGGGAUUGUUCGCAUGUGUUAAGCAGCUGACACUGAACAAACGGAAAUGUGACAUUUUUCACGACCGCGACACGCACAUUCAGCGAUCACAUCGGAUUCUUUAAUCGGUUAAGUGAUUGAUCGACAUAUUACAGCAAGAUCCUCCAAGUCACCAACGACCUUCGUCAGUAUUGCCAUCAUGUUCGACAGUUGACACUGAAUCUUUUCCACCACCGGCCAAAUUGAGUCCCGGGCUUUCGGCCUGUUGCUCAGGGGCCUCAGCUUGAGCACAUUGCAGCGAUGCUCUCCUGAACAGUGUGAAAGUGACUGACUGAACUGAACAGCGUCCUCAGCCGGAAGACGAGACAGCUGGUACCUCUUUCUUGAUGUAAUGAUGUAAGGAGGAAUGACAUAAGCCAGGGAUUUUGCAUCAAAUCCAACACGACAGCUCAAAAUACAAAUACUUUUUACAGGCUUACUGUAGUGAAUCAGGGGGUCCACCACAAUUUUCAAGAGAACUCUUCUGCCACUGAAUAAACAGUAUCUCAUACUAAGAUGUCGCUUUUCCAUGUGUUGUUUAUACUAGUCGCAGGGCUGCAUGUGAGUUUGUCUCAAGAUGAGAAGCCGACAGUCCCAUGGGGCUGUGAAUUUGGUUUUCCAAGACCUUACACCCUCUUAUGUGACCUGGAUGCCCUGUGGGGUGUGGUGGUGGAGGCCGUAGCGGCGGCUGGUGUGAUAGCUGCCAUCUUGCUGUCUGUGGUGUUACUAUGUCGCCUGCACUCAGUGACCGAGGCGCCGAAGCGAAGCGGCAUUGGCCCGAUUCUCCUGCUGUUGAUGGGCAUUAUCGGGCUGUUCGGGCUGAGCUUUGUUUACCUUGUCAAGCACAACGAGAGCCUUUGCGUGGUGCAACGUGCCCUCUGGGGGGUGUUCUUUUCCCUCUGCUUUUCCUGCAUGUUGGCCCAGGGUGUGAGGCUGCGCAAGCUUGCACAGGAAUCUCGCAGCCCCAGUGGGUGCGCUCUCGCUGGGCUAGCGCUCGGGCUGAUGUUGGUGCAAGGCAUCAUCACCGCGGAGUGGCUUCUGCUUACAGUGGUGCGUGAGGAUCACCCGGCAUGCCAGUACCAGCCACUGGAAUUUGCGCUUGCUUGUUCCUACGUGCUAGCACUCCUGUUGGCCGCUCUCGUAACUGCAUCGUCAGCAUUGUGUGGGAAGACACGACAGUGGCGCUGUAAUGCCGUGUGGCUGCUGGUCUCCUGUUUGCUAUCUGUCUUUCUGUGGAUGGCUUGGAUCGGCUUCUACGCCUACGGAAACACAGUGCUCAUGAAGUCUCCGGACUGGGAUGACCCGGUGCUGGCUGUGGCGCUGGUGGCUCAGGGUUGGUUGUUGUUGCUGUUCCAUGCGGCUCCUGAAGCUCACGCCUGCCUGCAAGCUCCACCUCAACCUUCAGCACCAGACUACUUUGACACAUCCCAGAACUCCUCACACAUGCGGGAGGCCAGCCUUGAUGAAGACAUCCCACUUUCACACAGACAGUUUGUGGAGAACCAGGGAUAUGCUUUCGAUGAAAACACUGCAGGGUUGAGGAGUGGUGGCCAUCAUAAUGGCAAUACAGGGACGAGACCAAGUGCACCCUUCAGAAGUAAUGUCUACCAGCCAACUGAGAUGACCAUGAUACUAAAUGGUGGAGCAGUUCCAUCUGCCCCCCCCACAUACACAGGAAGACAGCUGUGGUGAAGGAGGAAGAGCAGGAGGUGGAUAGCGCAUGAAAGAGGGGUGAAGGGUCCUGAACUGAACUGAACUGAACUGAACUGAAGUGAAUGAGGACAAACAGCCACCAGUGCUGCAGUGUGACUGAAACAGGACUCGGAUGCUACUCUUGUCUGUGUGUUUAUGUGUGUGUGUCCCAGAGUGAUUUGACACGCAUGACAGGAGGAUGCUAAUACAGGACAACUCUCGACACCAAUCAAUAGCUGUAGUGAUUUUUAAUUAGUAAAUGGGUGAACAUAUUGAGCCAUUUUCAAGCAAUUCUAUAGUAAAACCAUUAAAAAAGCAUUCUAACACUAAUUUAAUUACCAUCGCACAUACAGUACAUGUGGAUAUACAGUAUAUCUGUGAUUUUUGUGGAAAAGUUUACUUGGUAGUCUUUGUAUUUUCACAGAUGUAGAGAUUGGACAUGUGAGUAUACUGUGCGGACAGGAUGCUUUGGUCUCUGGUGAAAGUUUUUCUCUUUGUGUGGUCGUCUGUGUGUAAAUGGCAUAUAUGUGUGACUACAGUGCUGGGCUCUAUGCGACAAAUCAAAAGUUUUUGUUUCUAUAGUCUUUCAGAGUCUGGAGUCCAAAUCACACUCAAUUCUCAAUUAAGUCCCAGCAACACUCUGCUCCAUCUGAUCCAACAGGGGGUUCUGCACUUAAAAUGAAUGUAGAACUGAAAUAUCCCCUUAGUUUUGUUUAAGCUGUUUGAUGUAACACAGUAAACUUCAGAUACCUGCUAUUGCUGUACAGAUGGGAUUUGGUGACCCGUUAAUGUGAGAGUAAAUGGGGUGAUGGUGGUGAUAUGGAGAAAGUUGUUCAUAUAGAUCAGAUGGCUGCUUGUGUCUGAAACAUGAUUUAGGAAAAUUUGAUCCCAAAAUGAAAAUUCUGUCACACCAAAGUAAAUGUCCGGCAGAAUAUUAGCCUCAGUCACCAUUUACCUUUUGUUUCACAUUUGGAAUGACAUGAGGAUGAGUAAAUGAUGACAGAAAGAUCAUUUUUGGGUGAACUAUCCCUUUAAGAACUGCAAUACUCACUGGCAAUACACCAGAAUUGACUCGAUUCUGGAUUGAUCCAUUCCUCAAAGAACAUCUUGAAGUUGCAGUCAUAGCAACAUAAACCCGUAAGAUCUUGUUUAUUUAAUGUAAACAGGAUUAAAUUGCAGCUUUUUUAGUGGAAAUGAUACUGGAAGUUUGUCCGCGUCUUGGCAUCUUUCUUUUGAGUGCACCCUUUGGAGCAAGGGGCUCCAUUAUUUAGUAUAAUAAAAAUAAUUUAAAUAAUUUAAAAGUAUUUUGAAAAUAAUAAUAAUAAUAGGCACACCCCAUUUUACUCAUUAAGACUCAUGAGGGAGUGAUUUACCUUAUAAAUGUAUUGGAGCCUCAAAUGUACAGCUCGUCUGAGCCAUACAUUAAUAGUCUGCAUUGGCCUAGGUUCUUUCUGCGCUCUACAUCUUAAAGGGGUCAUGAAAUGCUAUUUUUUAAAUAAUUUUAUUAUCUUCCCUGAGGUUCAUGUCAGUAAAUUUUGCAUGAAAACUGUCAUAGUUUAGUAAUAAAUUAUCAUUUUCCUCCCUGUCUCUGGCCCUCUGACUGAAACACUCGGUUUUGGCCACAGCCUCUUCUUUAAACUUCAAUGUAAACGCUAACUGUUCUGAUUGGCUAGCACCUUCACUCAAGCACAUCAGCACCAUAACUAUCAAACAGUCAUGACAUAUGAACAGGGGUGGAAAGAGUACAGAAAAAUAAUACUCAAGUAAAAGUACUGUUUACUAUUAUUAAAAAAAUAUUGUUAUUAAAAAAUGUCACUGUUUUAUUCUAUUACAUUAAUACUUUUAAAGCUACUCAAGUUAUUCAGCCAAAAGUAGUGAUUGGUUUUCUCGUUCCUUGUUGUUGUUUGAUUAAUAGCCUUUAUAUGACAUAGCUUACUAGACAGUGCUCAAUUUGGUUACAUGUACACUUAAAGUCCAACAUUUUGAUGCAAAUACGCUUUUUGUCCCACUGUUUACGUUCACUUUAGACUAAACCGACUGUGUUUACGUUAAUGCCUCACCAGGAUGGGCAUUGGCGGAAUUAUGAAGUGUAUUUAACCGUUUAGGUGUGUACCCACAUUAGCCGACUGUCAUUCACACAGCUACAGGUGUCAGGAAAUAAAAAGUCAGUCUUUUAUAUUUUAUCUAGAUCAACCAACCAGUGGUUGUCGUGCUAUUGUGAUUGAUGUAAUGAACACCCAUGGUCUAGAUGUAGAACAUAGGCUACAUAUAGAAAAUUACUCAAAAGUUUAUCAUCGAUACGAAGGACAUCUCUCUCUCUUUGUUUUUCUUUCAGAUAAACAUCAAGAUUGUUUUAUUGUUGUAUUGAUAACAUUGCCUUAAUCUCUCACAUCAUCCCAAUAAUCUCAGUGAUAAAUAGCUAAUAUACAGGCUACAUUAUAGACACACAGAAUCUAGUAAGCAGAAAUAUUAAAUUUACCUUGAUAUGUUUCUUAAAAUUAGAGGCAGGAUAAAUGCUGAUAUCUGGCUUAAGCAAGUUAAAUUUACAUGACACAGUCAAGCAAUUGGCCUUUUUAAUUGUGAAAAGCCCUGUCAGGUGCGGCCGUGGGUGUUCAUGUGUUGAAAUGUGUUUGAGGCAUCCUCCACAUCCAUCACAGUUGGCGCCUGAUCUACAGCUGAUUUGAUUUGUCACGAGACUCUCCCUAGCCAAUCAUGUUGAUUGAUAAAAAUAAAAUCAGGACAGGGAAGUAGCGAAUACAGACGGUGGGAAAAUAAAAAAAGUACAUUAAAAGUACAGUUACAUCACGUAAAAUGUACUCAAGAAAAGUAUACUUUUUUUUAAAAACUACUUAAAUGACAAUUCCUGGGAAAAACUACUUACAGUAAUGUGAGUAUUUGUAAUUCGUUACUUUACACCCCUGCAUAUGAAAUAUUCAUGAAUGAAACUGUUCACUCACAGUUUUGCUGUCUAGUACAAGUGUUUUUAACAGUCCCAUUCUUCAAUAACAUUUCCUUUGCAAAGCUUGAAUUGUAUUAUGACUGGUUCACAAGCAGUCCACGCUGAUAUUAGCCACACAAACACAGUCCAUAUCACGGUAAAACAUGAUGCACACACAGUGCACUGAGGUGGCAGAAACGCAUCCAAAUGGUCAAAGACGUCCAGCUAGUGCUUGUUUACAAACACCAACAAUUAAAAAUAGCGCAAGAAGAGCAAGACGCAGAGCAGCUGAAUGAAGCCGAACUGAGUCUCCUUUUCCGAAAUGUACCUGACACUGUCUUUUAAGCGACGCGAUAAACAUGACAAUGGUCAAAGACAUCUGUGUAAUGCAUGUUAUAUGAACAAAAACUUCAAAAUAGUCCAGAUGAGUCCCCUUUAGGUGUUCAAGAAUAGUUGGUAACACUAUGCCUGUCACUCUUCCUCUCUGUUUAAGAACUGAGUGCAAGUGGGUGGCGCCAAGGGUGUGAUGACAUGUUGUGGGGCAUGUAAAUACAACUGAGCAAUGUCUUUUGACAUCAUGAACACACAGUUUUGAAAAUUAGACGUUUCAGCAGGGUGGGAAUUAUAACAUCUUUCUAGACAGAGGAGGAAGUUUUGAGUUCUGAAAUCAAAGUCUUUAUAGUACAGUUACAUCUUAUACAGUAUGUCUAAAUAUCAAGGAAUAUUUUAUUUUCCAUUUCAUGACCCCUUUAAGAGAUGCAGAGAAGUUAGCAGGCUUCUAAAAAGAGAUUAUGCUAUCACGCAACUCACGCCACUGUACAAUUAAAUUAUUUGUGAUAUUCAUCUCAGUACAUUAAUAUCUCUGACAUUUAAAAUAAUAAAAAAAGUAAAACCAAAAGUGGUUUUGAGUAAAUGUGCCUUUUUCAGUAAACACAGGAACACGCAUUUAUCUCUGAAAACUCAAUCCAGAAAUAAUAAUUAAAUCUGCAUUUGCAUUUGAAGAACAAAAUUAGCUACAGAGGAAUUAUCACAAUUAGAAAAUCUGGAAUGCUUCAUAUCCCAGAUGCAUUAAACAAUGUAUGGGCAAAUAUGAAUGGGAUCCUGGAGUAAAUAGGGCUUCAGAGGACAAACAAUGCCAUAUUAAGCUGUGUAAUAUGGCCACAUCAGUAAGCUGUGGAAAGAAAGAGGGUUUGAUCACUUGAUUUUGUUUUUAUUUUAUUUCACUUUUAAGAGUUUAGCUUUGAGGGUGAUAAUGUUAUUAGUCAGAUGUGUUCUUUUAAAAUGAAAGUGUUGUGUGUUGUUGUUUCCUUCUGACACUGGGCUGUGACCCUCUGAAAGGGAUGGUGUGCAUUAAGGAGAUUAAUUACAGGUGUGCUGUUUGUAGAUGUGAACACAUUCUCUUCUACCUUGUCAUAUAAAUGCUGAACUCUCACAUUAAUAUUCAACAUCCUGUGCCAUAAUGGAGUUUUAAAUACUGUAGGGUCAAUACAACAGCAUCUUUAGUAAGAUAUUAUUGAUUUUCUUUUUAAAAAAUUUUUUGUAUAUACUGAUUAAGAUAGGUGAGUAUAUAUUUUGUGUUGUAUUUGGUUAUUGGGAUGUUUUCAAUUGUAGGGCUUUACUGGUUGUUUAGAUCAGUGUUACUAUCAGAAAUAAUUAAUAAUUAUUUCUGUAGUUAUUAAUUAAUAUUUAGAUUAAUCAAUUGAAUCUAACUCAUUAAAACCUCAUAUGGAGAUUGUAUGGCCACAGUUUCAAGUCGUACGUUACUUCCUUGUGCCACGAGGUUGCACCUGAGAGCAGCGAUAAACUACGUCUAUACUCGGUGAACAAAGUCGCUGGAAGCAAAUCCCGAAAGCAUUUCAGAGGUAUUUCAACUCCUGAUGAUGUCAUGUUUGAGGGACAUUCUGUUAUGUGCCUCAUCCAAUAUGAGUUGAGAGUUCGAUCCUUUAGUGAGCAAGGCUUCAUGAGAUUUGUAGUCUUUUUUGGACUCCCUUUGUUUGAUUUUGGCGCGAUUUUUAUCAGUAAGAUUUACUACUUGGAAUGUGGAGGCUUGAGUUAGGUUUUUACGACUGUGUUAGGCCUGCCUUUGUCUUCUAUCUGAAUACAUGAGGCCCAACACAAUUUAGUUUUUAUCUUAGAGGUUGGUUCAUCAUUACAAAGUAACUGGACUAAACCCAAAACUUAUUAAAUAUUUAAACUUUUAAAUAAUCAAAUUGUAUCUUUAUUAUUAUUUAUUUGCUCGAAAAUGGCUUAAAACUGUGUAUUUUCUGUAAUCAGAGGAACUAUCAUUAUGACCUAACAGACGCUAAGUAGAUUCAGAAUGUUUUAUGCAUGUAAAAUACAGUAUAAAUAUAGUUAAUAAUAAUCAAGUUGUUUUCCACACUGUUUCCACAUGCCAGCAAAAUCAUUGCAACUAUAUUGCAAAUAUUUGCUCAGCCCUCAGUGUAAUAGAAAAGCUCAUAAGAGUAAAGAAAAUCUUACUAUUACUCAUCACAAACCAAAAUAGGUUACUAUUUCUAGUAGCAGCAUAACUCAUGGACUAAAGAGGGAACAUCCUUCUGAGAGGUGUUGUGGUAAUCACAACACCUCUCAGAAGGAUAUUCCCUAGAUUAAGUAUUAGGAUUUAACUAGAUUGUUAAUCCCAUGCAGGUAAACAAUGUUUCUAAAUAUCUACUAACGUAUUUGUGCAGAGAGGAGACGAAUGAAAACAAUGAAAACAUCACAUGAAGUAAAUAAUUACAAAUGCAGCUUUGGUGUGGCACAUUAAGUUUAUUGUCAUUCUAUAGAACGAUGUGUAAGUUUCAAAAGACAAUUAGCACUUUCAUAUGUGAGUUUUAAAGCAAUAUGAGAUGGGAAUAAAUGGCGGGACAGAGCACAGGUGGGGCGAAUUGUCAAUGACAUAUGUCUGCUGGUCGGCUAUGAAUGCUCUAAAAAGGCCUAAUAAACUCAGCAAAAAAAAGAAAUGUCCCUUUUUCAGGACACUGUAUUUUAAAGAUAAUUUUGUAAAAAUCCAAAUAACUUUACAGAUCUUUAUUGUAAAGGGUUUAAACAAUGUUUUCCAUGCUUGUUCAAUGAACCAUAAACAACAUCGCCUAUGGGCACACACCCACCUUCGCUGGACCAGACAGGACUGGCAAAAAGUGCUCUUCACAGACGAGUCGCGGUUUUGUCUCACCAGGGGUGAUGGUCGGACUUUCGUUUAUCGUCGAAGGAAUGAGCGUUACACCGAGGCCUGUACUCUGGAGCAGGAUCAGUUUGGAGGUGGAGGUUCCAUCAUGGUCUGGGGCGGUGUGUCACAGCACCAUCGGACUGAGCUUGUUGUCAUUGCAAGCAAUCUCAGUGCUGUGCAUUACAGGGAAGACAUCCUCUUCCCUCAUGUGGUACCCUUCCUGCAGGCUCAUCCUGACAUGACCCUCCAGCAUGAUAAUGCCACCAGCCAUACUGCUCGUUCUGUGUGUGAUUUCCUGCGAGACAUGAAUGUCAGUGUUCUGCCAUGGCCAGCGAAGAGCCCGGAUCUCAAUCCCACUGAGCACGUCUGGGACCUGUUGGAUCGGAGGGUGAGGGCUAGGGCCAUUCCCCCUAGAAAUGUCUGGGAACUUGCAAGUGCCUUGGUGGAAGAGUGGGUUAACAUCUCACAGCAAGAACUGGCAAAUCUGGUGCAGUACUUAAUGCAACUGGUGGCCACACCAGAUACUGACUGUUACUUUUUUGACCCCCCCUUUGUUCAGGGACACAUUAUUCCAUUUCUGUUAGUCAGAUGUCUGUGAAACUUGUUCAGUUUAUGUCUUAGUUGUUGAAACUUUUUAUGUUCAUACAAAUAUUUACACAUAUUAAGUUUGCUGAAAAUAAAAGCAGUUGAAAGUGAGAGGACGUUUCUUUUUUUUGCUGAGUUUAGUUGGUCCCUGAAAUGCAGGUUCAUUAUACACAAAAACAACAAAAUUAUUUAGACUGGAAUAGAUUCAGUGGAAUAGAUGGACAAUGGUUUCAUGAACACCAGUAGAUCUCAUGGCAUCAUGUCACCAGUAGGUCAAAGGGGUCAUGACAUUCCUUUUUUAAUUAUUUUAAUAGGUUCUUUGAGGUUCACUUAUAAUAUUAUUAGUAAAGUUUCUUUGCACAAAAAACUAAUAUAUUUGUAAAACAUGAUAAUUUACCACCCUCAUUCUGACUCUCUGUCAGAAACGCUGUUUUGGUGCUACCUCUCCUUUAAGACUUGACAUUAAACACUGUUCUGAUUGGCUCUCUGCUUUUGACUGACCUGUAAUCUCACUGCUCACCGCUACUGAGUGGGACUACAGAGGUGAUAAGGUAAAGUAGGCAUUGAUGUGUUUUUGAGGCGGUCAGAAGCAAAUGUCUUCCACAGUGUGACAAUGUGGAGGAAGUAGAGAAAUUCCUUUUGGCAAUGAUCUUUUAUAUGUUAAAAGAUCAAGGUAAAUUUGAUUCCUCAUGUCAUGACCCCAGAAGUUCAGCAGGGCAUUUUAGAUUUACACCUUGCUCAAAGUAUGAGGAUCUAUUUAGGCUUAAACAUACUAUACAUAAGUACGCAAGGUUGAUUUCACACAUUCUUGCAUUCAGAAUGUGUCUGAGCUCAAUUCAUAAUGCAGAGCAUGUUACAUUCUCAGCGUUGUCGCAAGGGGCACUAUAGGCUGGUAUAUUUCAGAAUACUGAAGCUAUUAUGAAAAGUGAGAAAGGUCCUGGCUCAUUAUGAAGGCCUUUAUAUUGAUAAAUUGUUCUUUGUGUCUUUUAUAUUGUCAAGCUCCUGUAUGUUUGUAUGAACAUGUGUGUGUGUGUGUGUGUGUGUGUGUGUUUUAAGCUCUGUAUUUUCACAUGACUCACAAACAAUAUCUGCUAUACUGUAUGUAGUAUCACUACACUGAGAAAAAAGCAUGUUUCAAAUGGCUAUUGACAGAUUUUAUAUUCUUCAAAAUAAUUUAUAUGUAAUAUAUAUUCAUAAAAGUUAGUAAAACAGUGGUGAGUGGUAUGCAGAACAUGUCUGUUUCCUGAAUCUGAAUACUGAAUUGCCCUGAUUUCUGUAUUCUUCACUUCUCUUACCAUCUCUAAACUGUUUUGCCCUCGACUGUUUUUGGAGCUGUACUGUACUGUAGCAUGUCUGUGCAUAGAAUGAUUCCCCCAAAAAAUCAAGAAAUAUGUAUGGAAUAAAAAAUUCGACA